GAAUGCUGAGUCAUGUGUUGAGCCCGAAUUGAUAUUUGAAAUUGCAUUUUUGGAAAGGAAAAACAGUGACCGGCAAUCGCCUUAGCUGUAUAGAAUCACGGUUUAUUGCCGAACCAACUGCUCGGAGCUACGCCGACGAUAGGCCAUGGAGGAAGGAGGACCACAGCGAUCUCGCAAGCGUCCUUUCGUGGAUUCCGUCGACGACGACUCCCAAAAACCCUCCGCGGAAAAGAGGGUAAGGUUCCCAAAAGGUAAGAAGUUAAAGCGUGGUGAUUAUGUGGUGGAUGGAAGUGAGGAAUUACCAAGUGGAUGGAAGAAUCCUCGUCUUGCAGCCAAAGAGCGGGCAAUGCGCCGAAGUCAAAUCACAGCUGACCUCCUUGAUGAAGGAAAUAGAGGAAUGGUUCACAACAUAGCACUGGCCGAAGAGGCAUAUGAGGAUAAUGAAACAUUUGUUGAGGAUGGGAUUCAGAUAGAACCCUUCAAUCUGAACAAAGAGAGGGAAGAAGGUUAUUUUGAUGCCAAUGGAAAUUAUGUUGAGUAUGUCAAUGAAAAUGAUAUCAAGGAUGCAUGGCUUGAUAGCAUUGAUGUUCAUCCAAAAGCUGCUGUGAAAACAAGAGUCAUAACAGCCAAUGAAGAUGAGGCUCGUGAUCUUACAUCAGAAGAACUUGGGAAGAUGAAGAGGCGAAUUGCUGAUGUUCUUGAGCCUGGAGAAACAGUUUUACAGGCACUAAGAAGGUUAAAAGGUACUUCAAAUAACAAGGAGAAAAUGUCUACAGAAAACAAACAUCUCUUUGAUCAGUUAACAGAGGAUGCCAUGAAGCUGUUGGAGAACGGGGAUUACAAUGUCUAUGAUGAAAGACAAGAGAGUUUCCAGCGUGAAGCAGAGGGAUAUGAGAGGUUAGCUCAAGCCAAGACACUGGGCACCUCCAUGGAGUUCAAGAAGAAUAAUUCUGAUAGUGUCCUUGAUGAAGAUUUCAUUCCUAGUGUGGCAGUGGAGGGGCCUUCAUCACUCUCUAGUGUUAAUGCAGGUCCUUCAAAUCCAAAUGCCUCUGCUGCUAUGAGCAAUGGUGAUGAUUCCUUUGACAUGUUCGCAGAAGAUGAUGAAAACCCUCCUACCAAUCCUACCUCAAGUGAGGGUACUCUGCAAAAUGACUAUGUAUAUGAUGAGUCAUCUGGCUAUUACUAUAGCAGCAGUUUGGGCUACUAUUACGAUCCAUCAUCGGGACUGUACUGCAACGCGGCUUCAGGACAAUGGUAUUCAUAUAAAGAAGAUUCUGGCACAUACGAAGAGGUUCCGCAAGCCCAACCAGAAGCAAGCUGAGCCGAAAGCGAGUACAGUAAAAGUACAGGCAAGAAAGCAUGUGAUGGAUGCAAUUGCAACCACCACAUCACAGGCAGAGAUUUCCCGAGUUUCCUCAUAGCGUCUUGUUUAAAAAGAUUUUUGUGGUAGAUGUUUGAGUUUUGAGUCUGGUACUUUAUCGACUUAAGCUGCUGACUAGAAAACUGGGUAGACGGUAGAACGACGAGAGAGACACUUGAAUGACAUACACAUACUAGAUUACAUAGUUACACAUCCCCUGUUGUAGGACUUGAGGUGGUUCAUUUGUCUCCUUGUCAGAGUAGUGGUGUUGUAUCCUAUGUUAUCUAGCCGUGUGAUUUUUGUGAAUCAUAAUCAAAGUUUGCAAGCACACACCAUGUUUUAGGAU